AACUAUGGUAACCUCAAAAUAGCCAUGGUUUUGACAACCAUGAUUUUCAAAAACCAUAGUUAAACCAUGAUUAGUGUAGAACCAGGGUUCUGCUAUAUUAAUCAAUACACCAAAAAACAUGGUUACUACACUUUUACCACAAUAAAACCAUGGUUAAUUUAAUUUACGUAAGGGAGAUUAAAGAAUUUUUUUCUAAAAGUUUUUUACAGUGCUUGAAAGCUAAGAGCGAUUGUUGCACAUAAAUAAUUACAAUUUAAAAAAGAAAUUGUUGCUAACUGCUGCUCUAAAAUAUUUAAAGCUGUAACCCUUGUGUUUGUUGUGACGUUGUGCAGGCUCGUGCCUGUCAAUAUAACCUUGGAGAAGGAACGCGCUCGCGUUUCCAUAGCAGCGUAUAAACUAGGAAGACUUUCUAGGCCACAUUUUCUAUCUAUUACUAAACAGAGUCCUGACAGUAAUACUUUAGUAUGUCCACUGAUUAAUUUGCCGUCGUACAGAGGUCCUAUUGUUUUGGUCCCAUUGGUUUUUCGACUAAAGAUGAGUGAACAGGAACGAAAACUAGGACGAACGAGCACAAACAUUGGACAUGUAUAUACCCCACCUCUGCCGUUUAAUUUCAACACAUGCAAGAAUGCUCCUCUACCCCCUGUCCUCCGCCGGCAGAACGAAGUACCUGUAUCUGCUCAAUUCACUCUCACCUCACACUCCGCACAUGACAGAAAACCAUUGACUGGACCACUGCACAAUGAAAUCUAUUCUAAAGCCCCUCCACACUGGACUACACAUUUCCUCAAUGAGCUGGCACACAGGCUAAGAGACCAUGUAACAGUGAGGGUUGUCUCUAAACCCAUCAGUGAAAUGCAGGACAGCUACAGAGGUCAACCAGCACCGUGUGAAUCUCUCAAUGGACAUUAUAGCAUGAUACAGGCACUAUACAGACAGCUGAAUAAGACUCAGUCGCUUGUGCAGGAGCCAAUCUGUAGCACAACCAAGACCGACUUCAAGCACUUUAACAGGUCAAAUUUGACUCCUUGCUCUGUAAUGGAUGAAGCUACCUUUAUUGGAAGCCUUACCAAGAGUGGAGCCCACAGUCGACUUCCUGCUCACAAAGCUCCAUCCACUUUAUCAUGUCAGCCUCGACUGCCUUGCCCACAUCUGCCUUUGCCUUACAGGGGUAAAAGUAGUGUGUAUGUGGAUAGUUUUAAGGCACCUGUGCCUGCACCAUUACCUACACGUAAUAUUGCACAUCGUGUGGUGAAACAGCAAGAAAGGGGUAGUAGAGAUCCAUUACAGGACAUUCUAAGUGUCCCCAAAAUGUAUAGUACAGAGAAUCAGAUAUAUGGAAAAAACAAAAUGUCUGUGGUGUAGGAAAAUACACAAAAUAGGAUUUGGUUUGAUAAAGAAUGUGAAAAAAUCUAAAUGCCUAAAUGUAAACGUUUAAGUGUUCAUAAAAUAGACCUGAAAUGUUUUCAUCAAUUUUGUUUAUUGUCUUCUUUUGUCACUCAUAGGGGUCAGCAAUAAAUGGAGAAU